AGCACCGUUGAGUUCGCUCUCGCGGUUUUCUCUCCCCCUUUUUAUCCAUUCAUUCUUUUUGAUCGCAGUAAAAAAAUUACACAUUAUAGUGACGUGAAGGGCAACACCGCCGAUUUGACCCGAUACCCUUCUCCGCCUCCCUCCCGUCUCCCGAGCCGAGACCGAGAUGGGGAACGAAGCGAGCAUGGAGGGCGGCGAGCCGGGAGCCGUCGGGAUGAUGGGGACGGCGAUGCCCGGCGGACCCGCAGCGGGACCGGGGGCGGGACAGCACAUGAAGCCGGUGAACGGAUCCGCUGCCGGCGGAGGGAUGGGAGUCGGAGGCCCCGGGAUGGGGAUGUCAAGGGGUCCGAUGGGUAGCCCCAAGCCUGGCAUGCAACAAGGAGGCCAUGGAGGAGGAAUGGGAGGAGGAAUGGGUGGAAUGGGAGGAGGAGGAAUGGGGACUGGAGGAGGAAUAGGAGGUGGAGGAAUUGGUGGAGGAGGAAUGGGUGGUGGAGGAAUGGGAGGUGGAGGAAUGGGAGAGGAGGAGGGAUGGGGGGAAUGGGUGGAGGAGGAAUGGGAGGAGGAAUGGGAGGUGGAAUGGGUGGAGGAGGAAUAG